AUGGAAGGGAAGCAGUCAAAAUCUCGCAAAGCGCCCACACUCGCACACAACCGUCAUAAAGACGCAGCAGUGGUGAAGACGAAAUAUCCACAACAGGCAACAUGGCUCCACCCGUCCCUCCUCUUCUUCCUCCGUCCUUCUGUCUGUCUGAGGGCUCUCGUACACUGCUUAGCGGAACAGCGUGGAAACAUUCACGCUACUGUUCUCUUCGUUGUAUUUGUCAUUGUUGAUGCCUUUAAAGAGGGCGAAGUCAUGGCUGCAUUUUUAGAAUUCUUCCACGCGAUCGACACGGAUAAGACUGGUGUGAUUACCAUUGAUGAUCUACGCAACUACAUGCACCGGAAGAGGUACAAGGCGGAAUUUGUUACCACCUGGACUGAGCUCUUUGAUCCCGAUCGUACUGGCUUUAUCACAUUUGAGAAUUAUUGCGAAGUAUUGGGUCUGAAGCCCGCUAGCCCUAAGGCUGCAGAACCUUCAGUUAAAUCCGAGUCAAGGAAACAAGAACCGUCCGAUUCUACCGCGAGUACGCAGGAGAUUAAGGCUUCAACUACUGAAGUUGUUCAAGAGGUGCCGGUCCAACGAGAAUUGGUGCCGAACGAGGAAGUUGAGAAGCCUAGUCACGACGACUCAGUCGAACGCCGAAGUGCCACCGACUCCGUUGGCCAAGAAAAUAAGGAACUAGAAAAUUCAGAAAAUGAGGAAUCUUCCAAACAACCGGAAAAAGGGAGCGUAGAUUUGGUCGAUGCAACUGACACAACACAGUCAGGUGAGAAAUCGUCUGGAUCUCAAUCAAGAAAACACAAACACUCCAAAUCUCCCUCCAAAAAAGACUCGACUCAAGUGGAAUCAACAGCGCCAACUGUUGAGGCACAAACAGCUAUCCCAGCGCAAGAGUCCGGAGAUUCAAAUAUGGAUAUUUUUGACUGGCUUAACGCCAACUCUCAACAUGGGGUCACGUUUGAAGAUGACGAUAUGGACGAGGAAGAAACUUUGGUGGAAUCAGUCCAUCAACAGAGUCAAAUGGCACAAUGCCAGUGA